UCUUUUUCUUAUGUACCCCCGAAAAACUAAUCCGUAAGACAGUUGCUCAACAAUAUCCUUGAUUCAUUUUAAAAGUCAACGUUUCAUCAGCUCGAAACUUUGAUAGAAUAUUUUCUUUAGCCAUUAUACGAAAAAAUUCUACUCGGCCCUUCGACUGCUCAAUUAUUCAUAGGCAAUACCGCCGAUCGUAGGAUCAAAGCCUCCGAGAGUCUUUACGUAUAGCUGUUUUUUUUGCGAUACAUAUACACGUUAUACUACUACACGCAAAGAGCGACAAAGCCGAGGGCGUCUUCGAAGAAUUCUUCUUACUUCAGUAGUAAAAUGACGAAAUCAGAAAAGUCGCUGAGUUUCAAGAGUCUGACGGCGGUCUUCGUAUUUUUCCAUCGACUCAUCGGGGUGUUACCUUUGGAAAACCGCGACUUCAACUUUCUCAGCUCCCAGAUGCUUCUCAUUUACUUCAUGUUCAUCGGACUCCUCAUCAGCGUCAUGUUUCUUCGCUACUGCAUUACUCGACUCAUUCAGGGCGCAGUGGAGUUGGACAGCGUUUUCGUGACGGUGAUGGCUACGAGUACGAUUGUGCGAUACUACAUACUGGUGUACCACCGCUUCGAGUUUCGGGACGCGAUCGACGCGUGUCGUGACAUCUGGGAGGAUUGCACGCCCAGCGAGCACCAGAUCGUACGCUGGUUCGAACGCAAAUCCUGGAUUCUGUUCAAGCUACUGGCCGGAAGUGGUUUGCUCAUCAACAUCUUUUGCUCGAUUGGCUCGAUCGUUGUCAGACUGCCACCUGAUGAGCCCAAUGGUACCGAGCGACGUAUGCUGCCGUACAAGUGGUUCAUCGAAGAUCGUGAGUAUUACUGGAUGGGCUACGAGCUGAUUUUCGGACUGCAAGUCUUAAUACUGCAUCAUUUGACCGUGUUAACGGCGACCGUCGAUACAGCUGGGCCUCUUCUUAUGUUGCUCAGCUGCGGCUUCUUGAAGGCCCUGCAAGAGCGCUUUUUUGCGGCUGCCGUUAGUAACGAAAAGUUUUUCAUCGAAGAUAAACUCAGCUAUCAGCCGUUGCUCACAUCUUGCUCGAAAUUCCAUCAAAACGUACUGAACUUGUGCCGGAAAAUCGAGGUGAUUAUGAGGAUGAUAUUCAUGGUACAACUUAUGUGUCUAGGCUACAACAUCUCUCUUAUAGGUUUGAAGCUUGCAGGGAACGAUCCGGAGCGAUUUCAGUACAUUCCCAACCUAGUGCUCUGUCUCUGCCAGUUAUUCAUCACUCAGUGGGCCGCCGAUUAUCUUCUGGAACAGAGCGAAGGCGUGGCGACGGCUGCGUAUUUCACGACUCUGAUGUCUCUGGAUCCUCGGAUUGGUGGACUCUUGCUGACCGUGAUCACAAGAGCCCAAAAACCGGUACAGAUUACGGCUGGUGGUGUGAUCAACCUAUCCGUCGAGAGAUUCGGCAACCUGAUAACCAAUGCCAUUUCAUUUUUCAUGGUGCUUAGAAGUUUCACCGCGUAAGUAUAACGUAAUGAGCGAAGGGAUCGAUCGUCCUUGUUGAUAUUGUUGUGACAUCAUCGAGUUCACUUAGUGAAUUGUUAGAUUUGAUUUUUUUUUUCAUUACACUCGUGUAAGCAUUACUUGAGAGCUCCAGUUUUAUCAAAUAAAGAGUAUUACACGUUAGGUCACAUAA